UUGAUUCGAUAGUCACCGUUUCGCGCGCCCAUCGCGCGAUUUGUAGUAUCGAAAAAUUGCGCUUUCUUACCUUGGCGGGGGGAAAGAGAAGAGAACGGACGGCGAUUCGCCAGUGCAUGAAUGAGUCGUUAUAAUAUGCGGUAGUAUUUAGAGCUAGAGCGGACCGCGACAGAGAAAGCCACGAAAGUCAUUUUCGGGUGUUAACAAAAUGGCCACAAACGACUCCAAGGCUCCGGUGCGGAUGGUUAAAAAUCUACAAUUCGGUAUCCUUUCGCCCGAUGAAAUUGACACCGUGGAAUCAGAGGGGUUCGACACCGGGUUACCGAGCUUCGAGCAUGUCAUCGACAUCAGGAAGCGGAAUGACGCCGCGGGGUGCUUGUUUCUCGCCGUCCUAGGAGCGUCGGACGCAUCGGGUUCGUCGCCGGCGUAUUCGGCACAUUCGCCGCAUCCAAGAAGUCCAGGAAGUCCCGGCUCGAGUGUGAAUCCGUGUCCGAUGUCUCCGGCUGGUGGUGCAUCUCCGAGUUAUACACCGACCUCGCCGGCCUAUUUGCCAGCUUCACCGAGGGCACCCUCCAGUCCGAAUUAUUCUCCGCCAUGUUCGCCGACAAGUCCGAACCAUUCGCCAACGAACCCGAGUUUUUCACCGACGAGUCCGGGCUAUUUACCGGCGGCAAGCCCGAUCAGCUGUUCGCCAACCUCGCCGAGCCACUCGCACACCCCGCCGAAUUAUUCGCCAACCAGUUCAACCUAUUCACCAAAAACUCCAAAUUAUUUGCCAACCAGUUCAACCUAUUCACCAAAAACUCCAAAUUAUUUGCCAACCAGUUCAACCCAUUCGCCAAAAAGUCCGAAUUAUUCACCCACCAGUCCUCCUCCCAACUAUUCGCCAACCAGACACCAUUAUUUAUUCACCAGUCCCAACUAUUCGUCAACCAGACACCGUUAUUUACCCACCAGUCCCAACUAUUCGCCAACCAGACACCAUUAUUUAUCCACCAGUCCCAACUAUUCGUCAACCAGACACCGUUAUUUACCCACCAGUCCCAACUAUUCGCCAACCAGACACCAUUGUUUACCGACCAGUCUGAACUAUCCACCCAGUAGCCCGAACUAUGCACCCACUAGCCCAAACUAUUCACCCAUUAGCCCAAACUAUUCACCCACUAGCCCGAUCUAUCCACCCAUUAGCCCGACUUAAUUCACGUCCCAAUCCAGGUCAUGUUCUCAUAAGUCAUACUUACUCACCGGCUUCAUCCGCUUACGAGACCGACGAUUGAAACAAUCGAUCAUCAGCGAACUCGUGAAACUCGGCCCGACACGAUUAAACUUUCAAUCUUGCUCGUAUCGCACCGCACUAUUUUGUCAUUUCGUCAUAACUCUUUCUCUCUCUUCACACUCCCGACCACAAAGAAUAUCUCUUGAAGAAUGUUUUGGAAAAAUUGUCACUCUCGGUUCGAUCGAUUCAAUCGAAACGAUCGAACGUUCUAAUUAACGAAAACUUUAUGAGCACGGUUGUUUUUACAAUAUACUAUUCGAUGAUUGGAUCAAAGUUUCACGCGUGUACAUCAUCUGAUGUAUUUCAACAGUUGUACUUAUUAAUACGAUUACUACGUUUUAAUUAUCGAAUGAUGCGAACAAAAUAUUUUUUUCCAUCCCCCGCAGCUCAGUCUUGUUUAGUACUUGUGUGACUGCUCUUGUUUGCCAUUUCUCUCUCUCACUCUUUCUGACGACUACUGCAGUCAUUACGUGCAUACCUAUUUCCAAGAGUUAACGAGGAUUUCAUAAGUUAUUCAUUGACAUUCGUACGUUAUUCUCAAUUGCGGCCGAUAACCGUUGACUUGUUUACUUUCUCGUUCAAACGAAAUGCGAUUGGUGUUGUACGAAUGUUCGAACGAAUGUAAAUUAUUCCAAAUAAGCGAACGAGAGCUGGCCCAUGCUCACAAAGACGUUAACAAGUUUCUCAAUACGUAUAUUAUUUUUGUAAAUAAAUUUCAUGGUUGAACGAA